AUGGCGGCUAUGUCCCCGUCCGAGCGGAGAUUACAGAAAGAACUUAUGUCCCUGAUGAAGGAACCGCCACCAGGAGUCACCGUAGACGGAGAUCAGGCCAGCCAAAAUCUAACACUGUGGACAGUACACAUGGAAGGCGUUCCUGGCACAUUAUAUGAAGGCGAAAAAUUUGUAUUGCAAUUCAAAUUCACAAAUAAGUACCCGUUCGACUCUCCUGAGGUAACGUUCAUAGGCAAUAACAUACCAGUACAUCCUCACGUGUACUCCAACGGUCACAUCUGCCUUUCCAUUCUGACGGAUGACUGGUCACCAGCGUUGUCAGUGCAGUCAGUCUGUUUGUCUAUCGUGUCCAUGCUCAGUAGCUGUAAGGAGAAGAAACGACCACCGGAUAAUUCAUUUUACGUUAAAACAUGCAACAAAAAUCCUAAGAAAACGAAAUGGUGGUAUCAUGAUGACUCCGUCUAA